AUGGGCGGCACGAACUACCAUAUCGAGAUUCUCUUCGAAGACGGCACGAGCUGGCUAGCACGAAUCCGUCGCUCAAACGCUACAUCUCCACCACCCGAUCUGCAAAGUUAUAUUCUCCGCAGCGAGGUAGCCACACUCCAAUUUCUCCGAAGAAUCAACAUCCCCACGCCGAUGGUGUAUGAUUUCGAUUCAGACGAAAACAACCCCGUGGGCGUUCCUUAUAUUCUCAUGGAAAAAUUGCCGGGCAAGAGUGUCGGUAGUUCGUUAGGUUUGGCGUGGACAGCUGAGAAGAAACGGAAAGUGCUAAGCCAACUGGCGGAUGUGUACGUGACUCUUCUAAACUAUCCGAUGGAUAGCAUGGGGUGCUUAAGUCACCCUGGCUCUGGGCGGAUUGGGCCUUUCGCGGUGGAGGCUUUGAGUGAUUGGAAGGAUGGGGUGUUGAAAUCUACCGGUCCUUGUUCGUCCAUACAGGAUUACUACAAGACCGGGAUUGAUUUGACGCUGAAUUUGAUUCUGCGGCAGGAGAUCUAUACCGCGAGACCGGUUGAUGCUUACCUGGUGCAUCGCUAUCUGCUGGAUAACGUCGGCAAGGUCUUUUCGUAUAAUGAUUUGGAUGAUGGGAAGUUCUAUCUGAGACAUGCGGAUGACAAGGGAGAUCAUAUUCUGGUUGAUGAGGAUUUUAAUAUCACUGGGAUCAUUGAUUGGGAAUGGGCGUACACGGCGCCUAAAUCGGUGGCGUUUAAUUCACCUACUGCUCUUCUUCCUGUGUGUGAGUUCUAUGAUGGAGUCAAUCGGGUCGGUGACGACGAGGUUACUUUUGCCGAGAUUCUCUAUGAGAAGGGACAUCCUGAUCUUGGAGAAAUCACGCGAUGCGGACGUCUGCUCCAUCGAUUUGAUUUCUGCUGUGGAUAUGACAUUUCAGACUGGGAUGGGUUUUUAGGGUUAUUCUUUGGUCUGUUAAACGGACUGGGGGAUAACUUCCUGAAAGGUUUAGGCGAUAGCACGCAUUUGAACUGGGAGAUUUGGAAGACAGAAGCGAUGGAACGGUAUUGGGACGACGAACGGCUACAAAAGCUGAUCGAAGCCACGAAUUUCUUCUGA